AUGGACCACGAGUUCCGGGUCACGCGCACCAAGCUCGGGCGGUACUACAUCUCCAUACCGGUGCCACUGGACGUGAAGCAUCCAAUACAGCAACAGCAGCCCAACGCGGUGGGAGGGGGUGAUAACCAAGCCCCCACCGUCGCGCCACACGCUGCUGCCGCGAUCGAUCCGGGCGUGCGGACGCCCUUCACGGUCUAUAGCCCCGACGAGGCGCGCAUCUACGAGCUGGGUGCCAACGACUUUGGGCGCAUCAGGCGACUGUGCCACCACCUCGACGAUCUCGUCAGCCGCACGACCGACCGCGACGUUAGAAAGAAGCGGCGCCGCCGGAUGCGUCGGGCCGCUGCGCGUAUGCGCCGGCGCAUACGCGACCUGGUCGACGACCUCCAUCGGCGGGCGGCCAAGUGGCUGUGCGAGACUUUUGAGACCAUCAUCUACCCGCACUACGAGACCAGCAACAUGGUCGUCGGGAAGAGCAAGCGGCGCGGGCUGCACUCCAAGACCGUGCGCGCGAUGCUCACCUGGUCGCACUUUCGGUUCAAGCAGCACCUGCUCCACAAGAUCCGCGAGUACCCGUCGGGAUGCCGCGUGGUGCUGGUCGACGAGUCCUACACGUCCAAGACAUGUGGCGGGUGUGGGCGGAUCAACCACGGCCUGGGCAAGAGCAAGCUCUUCUGGUGCGAGCAGUGCGGUUUCCGCACGGACCGGGACUGGAACGGCGCGCGCAACAUCUGGCUCAAGUUCCUCACGGAAUGGUGCAACGGCAGCAGCCGCGGCAACGACGAUGACGACAAGGAGCAGCAGCAGCAGCAGCAGCAAUAA